AUGAGCAGGCGCGGUCGGCGAGCGGAGGCGGCUUGCAAUUAUUCCGCGGAGGGCGCAUUCAAAAGGUGCGUUACGGCGGCGAUUUACGAUCGUAUACCGUGCGGAGCAUUCCCCGGCGAGGACGACUGUCCCCUGGCUUCAGCGGGGCACGGGACGCGGCCGAGCAAAAAGGCACACGGCGAAAAAUGCGGGCCGCUUCGGCUCCCCUGCACGCGGAUGGCGUGGAGACGCCAGAUCUUCGAAUAUCCUGUCGGUGUCUACGUUAAC